GAAGAAGAUAACCUUAGGCAACACCAUAAACAAUGUUUAAAUUUGAAAACCAGUAAAUUUCAUAUAUUUAAUAUUAAUUAGUAUUACAUAUAUGGUGAAUUUUGUUAGUUAAAAUAAUAAUGGCUCGUAAAAAGGAAAUUGAAGAAAUAAAUACAAUUUUAAAGGAGCUUGAGCAAUUCCAUUUAUCUGCUGGUCCAUUAUAUCAAAAAGUCAACUCUUGUAAAGCUCUUUUAAAUCCAGAAAAUAACGAAUUAGAUGUAAUAUAUAAUCUCAUGGAAUCGCACUCGCCAGGUUUAAGAAAUAAAACUGUAUAUAGAUAUGAAAAAUUAUUAGCAGACGAAUCAAAUCCUUUCCAAAAAUCGAAUCAGUUAGAAUUAAGCAAGGAAAGAUUAACAAUCAAAUGUUCAACGUAUCCAAAAGAGAAAAAAAUACAGGAAAUGUUGAAUCAAAUUGAUGAAUUUCCAAAAGAGUGGACAGUGGUACAAUUGACUCCUCAGUACAAUCCCAUGGAAAUUUGGAAUGAAGAUCCAGAUAUAUAUUAUACUAAUGCCAUCAAUAUUUCCAUGUUUACUAGCAAAAAACCGUUUCUUGUGACAUGCGGUGCUCCAAGAGAUCCAGUUAACGGAGAUGGGAUUGAGCUAUGCAAUGAAAUAAUUUCAAUAUUAAAAGUGAACAAAGAAGUACUUACAAGCCAUAGCAAAAAGAUGUUCUCUAAUUAUAAAGAAAAGAAUGAUUAUAUGCAUAAAGUGCAAGGUGUUGAAGAUAGAUUAAAGCUAUUGAUUAAAGACAUGCAAAAAAUGUGGCUGAAAGAAUGGAGAUGUUUGUUAACUGGUAAAUAUUGUGAUGAAAAAAUUGAAUCUCAAAUAAGAGAUGAUGUUAUUAAUUCUUUAAAAUCUGAGUUGCCCGAAUUAAAUAUUACUCAAAAAAUUGAAACGAUUUUAUGUUGUGUUGUAAAAAAUUAUUUGCAUCUAAAACUCAACGAAGUCAAAAAUAUUGUCCAGUUUUGUUUCCCUGAAAUAAAGGACAAAAUUAAAAUUCGCACUAUUGUCAAAGUAAUUCGAGGAAUUGGACAAAACGUUUUUAUAGAAAAUGAAAAAGCCAAACGCCAUCCUGUCAUAUUGAUACUACAUGAUAGUUUGGAUUGUUUCCCUUGGGAAAUGCUCGAUGUAUUGGAAGAUCAUCCGGCCUGCAGACUACCGUCUCUACACUUCCUCUAUUGUUUGUUCAAAGAACACGAAAAUGAUAUCGUCGAUGGUUACAAACUAGUAAAAGAUUACAAUAAAGGAGCUUACGUUGUAAAUCCAACCAUGGAUUUAAAAAAUAUGGAAACGAGAAUGAUGUCAUUCUUCAAUUAUUGGACACCCAAUUGGAUCGGUAGUUCGGGAUAUCAACCGAGCAAAGAUGAGUUUUUUGAACUAUUAACAUCUUGUGAUAUUUUUUCCUACAACGGACAUGGUAGUGGUAGUCAUUACUUACCUAUGGAUAAAUUUCAAAAAUCUCAUGUGAAAGCCGUCGUUAUGCUGUUUGGAUGUGGUAGCACGAAAAUUGUAAGAACUGAUCCUCAAGCUGAUAUGUUCGGACAUUAUUAUAUGUAUCUCAUAGCCCGUUGUCCAUGUGUAGUUGGAAUGUUAUGGGAGGUAGCUGAUAAAUCUACAGAUGUUCUCAGUACUGAUUUUAUGAGUUUUUGGAUUCCUUCGGAUGCCGACAAACAUUGGAAGUACAUAGAUAAACAGCAAUGGCAACGAGGUGGCGAAACAGUUUUUUCAAAAAAUUUGCCAAUUUUCGACGACGACAAUACAUGGGAACCGGAUUUAUUACGCGCACUUAUUUUAGCGAAGAAAAAUUUGCCUAGCAUAAUGACCAAAGCAGCUUGUGUAGUCAGAGGUUUACCGGUUAAGAUAAACAAAUCUUGAUAUAAUAUUAAUGAAAUAUGAUUUAAAAUACAGUAACAAAAUUUGGGUUGGAUAUGUGCUACGCCCAAUCUUCGAAAACGGUCAUAAAGCGAAAAAAAAAAACGUCCGCAACGCGUUUUGGAUGGUGCCGAACGACCAAAUACCGAAAUGUCAUAAUUUUUCGCUUUGUGUCCGUUAUUGUUGACCACGACGCUGCUCAAACGGCCACGAAGCGUUCUGGAUGAUUUAGAAAGUUCAUAAACUGUCCAUGAUUAUUUGCACAUGAAACUUUUUUUACAGAAUAGAAAAAUAAUUCGCAGGAAGAUAAAGGUAUUUACUUGUUUUGUAAGCACUAUUAUUGUGGCAUUUCGAAUGGCACAACACCUCAUUGGCCCUACAGUUUCACUUUUUUUGUAUUACAAUAACGCUCACAAUUUCACAUGACAAAUUUUUGUUAUGAACCAGACGAAAGAGCUGAAGUUUUCCUCAAAUUUAAUGAACAAUUUUAAACAUCCUAUGCGUCUAUAAAAUUUGAAUCAGUUAAAUACUCCCAGGGACCAGCCACCUUCUGUCGACGUCUGGAACUUGUGACUACGACAUUUUAACUGGUCCCAGCAGGACAUUGUUCUAGCUUGCUUCUGCAUUUCCGCUCUAGCAGUUUCGCGGAGCACCGAACGUGUUGCAUUUAGAUACGAUUUCAUCAGCAGUUUUCGUUUCGAUAUUGAUUAACUCUACUCGACAUCUCGAAUUCAUGUGGUUUGAUAGGAUUCGUGCAACUACUAGCGCUUUUGUAUUGAUCUUUUUCUUUCCCUGACAUUGAAGAUAGAUAAAUAGAUCUGUAUAGCUACUCUCGUAACAUUGCGGUAUUUUUUGUUGUUUUUAGCCUCUAUAACUAGAAACAGACUUCAAGUGGGUAGUAGAAAGCGCGCGGCGCUUUGGUAUGGGCACCCUCGUCAACAAAAGUAAAGUAACUUCAUGAUAGCCUUGAAGAUAUUUAAGGACUUUUUAUCGAAAAUGGAAUAGACUCGUAUUUAGUAACGAUAAAAUUUUUUGAAAACUGAAAAUGCACUAAAUUUGGAUUUUAAUAAAACAAAAUUACUUCGUGUGGCGCAAAAUUGGGAUAUCUGACAACACUGUCGAUGUCACAGUUCAUGCCUGCACGCCUAAAACCCCCAGGUACCAAAUUUUGUGAACGCAACAUAAGCGUUUCUCAAGAUAUUCCAAAUUUGCGAUUCUUUUUAUUAAUUCUGUAUUGCUCAGAAAACUUUUGGUGGGGUGACAUGUGAAUAUUAUGAAAACUUUUCAAAAUAGCAAAGAAAAAACGCAAUAAUGAAUAAUUACAUCAAUAUUUCAUAAAAAUAGCUUUUAAAUAACAUCGUUUGUAUCCAGUUACCAUAGGAGUAGCUACAAUAAUGCCACAAAGAUCCUACACUUUACAGUGAUUUCGAAAGUUUCCAUCCUGUGUUCCUUUGGGUUUUGCACUUAUCUUUUCAUAUUCCCCAAUUAUUAUAUCAUACCUCUUAAGUCUACUAUAUUGUUUGGACUACAAGGGCAUUUUGCUUUCUUUCAAGCAGUUCACUUCUCGGUCAAUCUCUUCAUACCAUUCCUUCGUAAGGUAAUUACCCGGAUUUUUCAUGUUAUCAACGAUAUUUCAAAGUUUUUCAUUAAACCCCUCCUCUAGUAUUAUCGUUUUUAGUUAAAAUAAUAGCGACUUCGAUCAUUAACAUAGACAUAACUUCACUCGAAGGCAGUCGGAUACAUGCUGAUAAGUAUAAACAAGAAAGAUCGGUUUAAGUGCUUUAUAAAUCAUCCCGAUUGCGUCUUAGUCAACAACAGCGAUCUCAAAUCGAAAAAUUAUGUCAUUUUGGUAUUUGGUUGUUCGGCACCGUCCAGAACGCGUUGCGGUCGUUUUUUUUUCGAUCAAUGAGCGUAACAUAUAUAGUAGAUGGACCUGCGAUUUUAAAUUAUAUAUUUUCAAUGUUACCAACUGUACAGUACGAAUUUUUUGAAUAUAUAAAUCCGCUGGUUCAUCUAAUACACAUAAUCACCAAAAUUUUGUUACUUGUUUCCAUACUUCUAUUUCACACUUUAUGUAAAUAUUUUAAGUUUCUUUGUUUACAAAAUAUAUUUCUGAUUCUCAAUAAUAAUUAUAUUUUUCUA